CCUACACCGUCCAACCUGCCAUCAACUCCUCCUCAAUUUGCUUUCUUGUUGCGCCCACCUGUUUCGGGCAAACUUCUCAUCCCUCAUUCUUUCUUUCUUUUUCCACUGACCACAAAAUUACCACUUGUUUAUGCUUCUAAGAAAUUCGAUAUUGGGGCUUUUAAUGUCGAGCGUGGGUUAAUUGCACUGGCUUUAAUUCUCCGAGCGAAGCCAAAGCUGAGUGCGGGAGUUAGGCGACGAGAUUGGGUAGUUGUUGCAGUGGCUUGGACACCGCUUCGACGUCGCCGGGUGAAUUGAAGAGGAAGCUGGGCGCUCAAGCAGCCGUAAUUAUGAUAUGAAUUUCAAGAGAAAGAAGAAAGAAAGAGAAAAAAAGGAGCUAAGGGGAGAAUUGAAGGGGGGGGAGCUGGUGCAAGUCGGACAUGGGUCAUUGGAGACCUGGAACGAGAAAGAAGCACGUAGAAAGAAGAAGGAAAGAGAGAGAGAGAGAGAAAAGAAAAAGAAAAUGAAAAGAAAAGGUAUAAAAAGGGGAAAACUGUCAAUUGCGCCCUCCUACUAUGCGCGAUCCGUCAAUGGAGUCCCCGUACUUUGGAAACCCUCAAUUGAACCCGCCAACAAUGAAAAUCCUGUCAAUUAGGUCUACAUAAUCGGAUGCUUCCCGGUUAGCCCGUUGCUCGCUCAUGUGACGCUGAUGUGGACAUCGUACAUUGAGGGUUCCAUUGCUGACAUGGAUUAAAAAAUUUCACAUCUCUAUUCCCAAAUAAAUUACUCCUUAUCUUUCGAAAUUAGGAAAGAAAGUAAGAGCCUGCAGCUCGUCGUUCCAUCUCCGUUCAAUUGCGCUCGUCGUUCUUCUUCUCCAUUUCCUGAGCUCGUGUCUAUCAAUGGCGUCGUCGUCUGCAUCAAGUGGUACCAAAGAACGUAAGAGCACAACUAAUCACGAGCCUGCAGUGUAUUGUUGGUGUGGAUUGAAAGCCCCGUUGUGCGUCGGAAGGGAGAGUGGGAGACAAUUCUAUGGAUGUCAAAAAUGGCUAGGUGAUGAAUGCAGCUACUUCUUAUGGAAGGAAGACCUAGGAAGAGAAGACAUAAUCAGGCCUAGUCAUAAGAAAGAUAAGCUGAAUGAAGUUAAGAUCAUUGUUGAAGGUCUUGUCCAACGCAUUAGCCAUGUCCAAGAAGAUGUAAAGUGUGUGAAAACCUUUCUUUAAAAUGACGUGAAGCACAAAAAGAAGGCCAGGAAGUUCAUUGUCAUAGGGCUUGUUGUGGCCGUGUGCUUUGUAACAAAAUUCUAUGCAGGAUAGGAAUGCUUCAGUGUAAUUGAAUUCCUAUGAUGUAAUAUGUUCUCAGUUUGAAGUAUUUAAGUAGUGUGUUGGUUUAUAAGUUAUGCAGGAUGCUUAGAACUCACUUUUAUUUUGUAAACACCUUGUGUGGUCCUUAUGGUUUGAAGUAUUGUUUGAAUAUGAACCACCCUCGUUUUGUGUUGUAUGUUUGGG